CCCAGAGCGCCAAGCGCAAGAGAUCGAUUCCUGCUGUGCCUGUGAAAGAGAUCGCAUCGCGUCAUUGUGCCCGCUGGAGCUUUUAUUGCAAUCACGUUUGCUGACAGUGUUGUGGAAGGUGGUUGAGAAAGUACUCGUGCCAAAACCAAAGGGAUCAGUUUCCGUGGAGAACAAGUCAUCUUUGAAAUGGUCAUUUGCUCCUGGUACUAAUCUGCCAUCGGCUUUUAAUUUCAAGAUUGAAAGGGAUUCCCGACAAAAGCUCAAUGACUUUGCCAAAGAGCUUAGAUCUUUCAGAAGCGUUGAUAUGUCAGGUCGCAAUUUCGGGGAUGAGGGAUUGUUCUUUCUUGCUGAAAGCUUAGGUUACAAUCAGAGUGCAGAGGAAGUGAAUUUUUCUGGCAAUGGUAUAACCGCUGCUGGUUUGAAGGCAUUUGAUGGUAUUCUUCAAACAAAUACUGUACUAAAAACUCUCAAUAUCUCUGGAAAUGCCAUCGGAGAUGAAGGAGCUAAGUGUCUUUCAGAUAUUCUGAUGGGGAAUACAGGCAUUCAGAAACUCCAGCUGAAUAGUACUGGUCUUGGGGAUGAGGGUGCAAGGGCUAUUGCUGAAAUGCUUAAAAAGAAUUCAACGUUGCGGGUUCUAGAACUUAACAACAACAUGAUUGACUAUGCUGGUUUUGGAAGUCUUGCAGGAGCACUUCUUGAGAAUAAUGCAAUCCGCUCAAUUCAUUUAAAUGGCAACUAUGGUGGCGCUCUUGGUGCAGCAAGUCUAGCUAAAGGAAUUGAAGCAAACAAAUCCUUGAGGGAACUUCAUUUGCAUGGGAAUGACAUCGGAAAUGAGGGUGUACGAGCAUUGAUGUCAGGGCUCUCUGCUCACAAAGGGAGAAUAACACUUUUAGAUCUUGGCAACAAUGACAUUGGUUCAAAAGGGGCUUUCCAUGUUGCUGAGUACAUCAAGAAAAGUAAAUCCUUACUAUGGCUGAAUCUCUACAGUAAUGACAUUGGUGAUGAGGGAGCUCAAAGGAUUGCAGAUGCUUUGAAGGAGAACCGGACAAUUACUACCAUCGAUUUGGGUGGCAACAAUAUCCAUGCAAGUGGGGCCAGUGAGAUAGCUCGAGUUCUUAAAGAUAAUUCUGUGAUCACAACACUGGAGUUGAGCUACAAUCCUAUGGGUCCUGAUGGGGCAAGGGCUCUGUGUGAAAUCAUCAAGUUCCAUGGAAAAUUAGAAACGUUAAAACUUGGUUGGUGUCAGAUAGGACCAAAAGGUGCAGAGUAUAUUGCGGAUGCUUUGAAGUAUAAUACUACCCUGUCAACUUUAGACCUGCGUGCAAAUGGACUCGGAGAUGAUGGUGCUGUCUGCUUAGCUCGGAGCUUAAGGAUUGUUAACGAAGCUCUUACAUCUCUUGAUCUAGGUUUCAAUGAGAUAAGGGACAAAGGCGCUUUUGCGCUGGCUCAAGCACUCAAGGCAAAUGAAGAUGUUGCAGUCACAUCCUUGAAUCUUGCAAGCAAUUUCCUUACCAAAUAUGGACAGGUUGCUCUUACUGAGGCUCGAGAUCAUGUGUAUGAGAUGAGCGAAAAGGAGAUCAACAUUUUCUUUUAGCUCAUUUUCUUUUUGUGUUCUUUUUGUGAUUGGAUGAGAGUUGGCUUAGGCGCAGCAGGCAAAUUUUAUGGGGAUUCCUUAUUCGGCAUUAUAAGAAUGAAGCUUGAAGAGAACUAUAGAAAAGGGUAACGGUUCACAUAGUAUUAAGAAAAUUUUGUUUUAGAUUUGUAUAUCAUCAUCUGUUGUUUCGAUGAUCUAUUUACCUCUUGUAAGGGUAAUAUAUCGCAAAUUUUGUAAUGUAUACUUUUAGACCACAUACAGAUCGUUGGAUCGUUUUCUUAAGGAAACAUUUUUUUUUAUUA